AUGCCUAUCGGAAACAUAGAUCGUGUGCUUGUUGAACUACGACCGAGACUGCAAAGUGCCAACUUUUUCAUACUAUUUAGUAUUCGAUUUGCUGAGAUAAGGAAUACAAAAAUCGAUUUGGGCUCAGAUCGAAUAAUAAUCAGCACCCAGAACAAUGACGAACGUUAUGAGCUUCGAAUGGGUGAUUAUUUUAAACUGCACACCCAAACAUUGAGCUCGUUGCUGAUCAAGAAUAACUACAUUUGCUUCCGAAUCAAUACCAACGAGAACAAAUUCCACUCGGAGGUGCUGGCGAUCAAUGAAUACAAUGCCUGUACCAAUUUGAGACUGGAAUGCGCUCUGGAAGUGAACGUUAACUAUAAGAUAGUAUGUAGCAAUUGCGAAAACCCUCUCAAUGAGCAACCAGUGGCAUUUGACAGGAUCCUGGAACUACCCUCAGAUACUAUGGACAGUAGCGAUUGGUACUGCCAUAAGCAUCCCCAUCAGAAUGGCAGCAGUGAAGGAAACACCGAGAACGAAGUAUGUUCCUCCAAGGCGCCACAUUCGAGCCGCUACACCCCAACCGAACAGGAUUUAUAUUACGGGCCGUUCUAUGCGCUGUUGGAUGGAAAACACAUGAAACGAGUUCAUUUGAAGGCGGAUAGGUUUUUCUACUGCAAACGCUGCCUGCAGUAUUUGGGAAUCAUGAAACGUAAUCAAAGUGCAAAGAUCUGGUACGAGAACUUGAGAUUCGAGAAGCAAAUUGAGAAAAUAGUAGAGCCAAACACAGUCUCGAUGAGUCUGUUCAAAGUUGAACAAAACUUGGCGCACUUCCAGUAUCUGGUGCGCAAAACUGUAAACGAUUUCAACUUUAUCUCACAUCUCGGAUUACCACCAAUUUUUAAAAUCAUUUUCGAGAUGCGUCGACCCGGUUUGAACGGAGACGUGUUUUACAUGCUGAUGCAGAUAAUGGAUGCCAAUCUAAAUGUUUUCAAAAUCUCCCAGCCUUCCUCAGAUUCUGAAGAUUCUUCGUCCUCCGACCAUUCAAGUAGUAGUCAGAGACCACAGACCAGCAGACAAUCUACUGAUGACAACGAAGUUGACGAUUCAGAUGAUAACGAAGAAGAGCAGCAAUCAAGCGAGAAAGUUCACAAAAUUAUUCAUCUAGACAGGCACCGGGCGAUGAAGGUUAUGUAUCGGUACGAGAAGUUUGACCAUCAGCCCAUAAUCGACUUUUGGAUGCAGGACUACAAUGUGGUUAACGUGGAAAUAUCGGAGCAGAUGUUCCGAACCGCGGUUCGCUAUUUGGAUAGCAAUUCGAACUACGUACCCGAGUGCUAUCGACACAAUCUUGGCUUCACCCUGAGCUAUCUGGAUAUAACAUAAGGACCAAAGAUGUUUUGUAUAAAGGCAUUUGUUUUGGAAA